CCAGUCUGAGAAAGGACCUGUCCACCUCUCGUCUCAAAGCCUGGAUAUGAUUCCAGAGGGAGGAAUCUCCCUGAAUAAGUCCUUUGCUUCCAUGGACGAAGCCUUAAUAAGUCAUGAAAAAACAGAAGCUGAGCAGUUCAUAAGUCAAAAAAUUAAACCUGCAGAGUCAGAUCAGGACAUCCCUGAGCUGUCCUCCUGUGAGCAAAGUCUGCUUUUAACCACAGGAGAAUCACAGGAUAAGCAGUGCUCUGACACCUCAGAAACAAAUGGAUUUAAGCCCCUACCGACUGAUGAGGAGGUUUCAGUCAAAUGUCCAUCUGCAGCAUCCUUGGAGCUGGACACGGGCAGUGUAAACUGUGAGGACCAAGAAGAGCAGCAUUCUCCAAGCAUUAAACCUCAGAAACUCAUGAAAAAUAAAAGCAAGCUGCCCAAAUUCUCAGUUUUUGCCAAAAUGCCCUCAUUCAGACGAGGAAAGGGUACAUCAAAAGAUGACAAGGCGAGUAAAUGUGAGACUUCACUCAUGGACUCAGUAGAGGACCCACCUGAGGAUGAAGGAGAGCAAGAGAGUCAGGCUGACAACUCAGAUGAUGAUGUAUUUUAUAAAAGUGAGGUUGGUAAUAAACCAAAUACACCAACACAUCAGGUAGACACAGAUGAAGAGGAGGAGGACAGCCUUGGUGAUAACGUCCUAGAAACAGGAGAUAUGGAAGUGAGUGAGGGCACUGAGUUUUCUCAUCCUAAACAUAGCACAAACAAUGACUGCUCAGGCUACAAGAGGAGCAAGAGCACAGAGGGCUUAAGUUUUCGCUUGCGUUUUGCUCAGGCCCAGAAGUCUCUGUCCAGCUUGUUUGAGACUCGUUCCCUAGACAAGGACAAUGAGUGUCUGAGUGCAGAAGAUAUGAGAAACAAGCCAUUAUGGAGAAAGCAAAAACGUGUCAAGGACAUGGACCCUCAAAGGCGUACUGUCUCUGUUCCCGAAUCAGAUGAAGAUGGAACUACUAAAGCAACUGAGCACCACACUGAUUCACUUGUUAAACGUGAUGUCCAUCUGGACAAAUCUGAUGAAUCUCUUCAGGGCAGCAAAUCAGAUGGCCGCAGCAGAAAGUGCCUUUCAAUUAACUUCACUGAAACUGGCAAACUCUCAUUGGAUGAUUUCUCAGAGGCUACAUCAACUAUCGACUCUGGUCCCCUUUCAUCCAUGGACAUGUCAACAAAUCAGUUAUCUUCAUCCUGGUCCCAAACACAACCAUGCACUAAUGAGAGUCCUGAGUCGCCAAUGAGACCAAUGAGUCCCAAACCCAGCAGUCCAAGGUCUGCCGUGCAGAGGCGUGGAUUCCGUUAUCCCUUGUCACGGGCAAACGCGAUCUCUUUGAUUCUUUUUGGACAAAGUGUUAAUAUUACUGACCCUCCAGAGAGACCAAGGACCCUUAAACCCAAAGUGGGGGGACAGGGUUUGCUUAGCCCAACAGGAGCCAGCUUUUCUUUUGAGGAUGGCAGUGUAGACGGCCAGUCUCACAUAAGCCUCAUACAUUCAAUAAACACCAAUGGAUGUGAGCCCUGUGUGCUGCUGAAGACAUCACCUGAAAGUCCUCAUCUCUCCAGUCACCCUGCAGUAAAGAAGAUAGCAGAUGUUCCUCCUCAUGGAUCUUCCAUCCUGAGAUGUGGAUUCAGGACUGGCACUGUCAAUACUGUAUCCAGGCAACCUGCAGCACGAAGAUGUUUUCAUGAUGAUAUGUGGAUUGAGGAGGAGAAGAAGCUACAAAGGAGGCUGGCGAGAACUGGGCCAAAGCUGGGUGCUCGCCCGCUGGAAGUGCUGGAUCAAGUGAGGACCCGGUUGUCUCUUUCUGCUCUAAAAGUCUUUCCUGAAGUGCCUCUACAAACCCUGAUCUUCUCCCACAGCACCCCUAUUGACCUGGACUGCCCUGGCUGGAGACGACGCAUGUCCUCGUGUGCAGUGAUUGUUCCUGAAGGUGCUCAGGAAAAACUGUCUGUGGGUGAUGAGGCAGGCUGUGAAGAUGAUUUCUAUGAGGAGUUACGAAGCUUAGGUCAUCGCUUUCCUUAUUCAGGAGGAGCAGGAGAGCAGCUGGCCAUAAACGAGCUGAUCAGCGAUGGCAGUGUGGUGUAUGCUGAGGCAUUGUGGGAUCACGUGACCAUGGACGAUCAGGAACUCGGCUUCAAGGCUGGUGACGUUAUCGAAGUAGUGGACGCCACAAAUAAAGAAUGGUGGUGGGGACGCAUCCUGGACAGUGAAGGCUGGUUUCCAGCUAGCUUUGUCAGGCUGCGAGUAAACCAGGAUGAGCCAAUGGAAGACUACCUCUCCCAGCUGGAACAGUCACAGGAAGAGCAGAGAUCCAACGUUGGGCUGCUCCUCAGGCCUGGUAUUCCCUGUAAAGAGCAGAUGAGGACCAACGUCAUUAAUGAGAUUAUGAGCACUGAGAGGGACUACAUCAAACACCUCAAGGACAUCUGCGAGGGUUACAUCAAACAGUGCCGGAAGCGCAUUGACAUGUUUACAGAAGAGCAGCUUUGCACCAUCUUUGGAAACAUUGAGGACAUCUACAGGUUCCAGAAGAAGUUUUUAAAAUGUCUGGAGAAGAGAUUCAACAAGGAGGAGCCUCACCUCAGUGAAAUUGGGUCUUGCUUUGUAGAACAUCAAACAGAUUUCCAGAUAUACUCGGAGUACUGUAACAACCACCCGAAUGCCUGUGUCCAGCUCUCCAAGCUCAUGAAGCUUAACAAGUACGUGUUCUUCUUCGAAGCCUGUCGCCUACUGCAGAAGAUGAUUGACAUUUCUUUAGAUGGCUUCCUCCUUACUCCUGUUCAGAAAAUCUGCAAGUACCCACUGCAGUUGGCCGAGUUACUGAAGUACACCAACCCCCAACACAGGGACUACAAAGAUGUAGAAGCUGCCUUAAAUGGGAUGAAGAACGUGGCCAGGCUAAUUAACGAAAGGAAACGGCGGCUGGAGAAUGUGGAUAAGAUUGCUCAGUGGCAGAGCUCCAUUGAGGACUGGGAGGGUGAGGAUAUUCUCAGCAGAAGUUCAGAUCUGAUCUACUCAGGAGAACUCACCAAGAUUUCACCACCUCACACCAAGAGCCAACAGCGCAUGUUUUUCCUCUUCAACCAUCAGAUGGUCUACUGUAAAAAAGAUCUGCUGCGACGGGACAUUCUGUACUAUAAGGGCAGAAUGGACAUGGACAAGAUUGAGGUGUUGGAUGUGGAGGAUGGGAAAGACCGAGAACUGAACGUGAGUGUGAAAAAUGCAGUGAAGCUUCGGUCUCUGGGUGGAGAUGAGGUGCACCUCCUGUGUGCUAAAAAACUAGAGCAGAAACAGCGCUGGCUUCGAGCUUUCAGUGACGAAAGAGAGCAGGUGCAGCAUGACCAAGAAACAGGCUUCUCCAUCACUGAGGUGCAAAAGAAACAGGCCAUGCUAAACGUCUGUAAAAGCCAUCCAGCUGGCAAACCCAAAGCCAUGACCAGGCCCUACUACGACUUCCUGCUGCGCCAGAAACACCCAACGUUACCCACCAGCCUCCCACAGCAGCAGGUCUUCAUGUUAGCUGAGCCCAAACGCAAGAGCUCCAACUUCUGGCAUAACAUCGGCAGACUGACACCUUUCAAAAAGUGAACAUGGACCAUAUAUAGAAAUACAGGAGCUCUUAGCUUGUGCCUAUGCUUACCCUUCAAUCCUUAUUUUAUUAUUAUUAUUAUUUGCAUUCUAUUUUAUUGCUGUAAUUACUAAAUGCUACACAGAUUUAUUGUAAUGGUGUUUGUGUUUAUUUUUUGGAGAAAGCACUUUAUUAAGGUGGUUACAAUCAGACCGGUGACUGGCUUCCCGGGACUGUGUGAAUAUUAUCCAGGAGUAUUAUUAUUUUUUGAGCUCUGAUUGGCACCUGUACACACUAAUGUUACUAAUUUAAUGUGUUUUUUGUCCUCUAAUGCCAGUUGUGCACAGUGCCACAGGCUUUCAUAUUUAAGUUUGUACUAAACAGUUUUUACUUCAGAUAUAUUUGAGGACUAAAGCCUGGCCAAAUAAAGUCACAAUGUGCUUGACUGGGAACAGCACCCUUAAGUCUGUCUCAAGGGGUGAGUCUGUUGUGACUCUCAUUGUCAGUUUUUAUUAUUAUUUGGUUUAAAUAAAAUAAAAGGCAGCUACAUCAGUAAAAUGAAAGGAAAUGCUCCUAUUUUUGAAAUAAACUCAAUGAGGGUGCAAGCUUUUUGGCACCAUUAUAAAAUUUGACUGCUAGGGUUACUUAGAUACACAUGACCAGUGUAGCACUUUGCCCUGCAUUGAUGUAACAUUCUCAGUGUAGGAAAUGUCAUAAUUCUUGUGACUGAACCAGCUGCCUAGUCUUUUUCUGAAAUCCAUGUCUAAAUUAUUAAUUUAUUAUCUUAAAAAAGUACCUUUUACCGUGAAACUAACCCAUUUACCCACUUUCACUGUAAAAGAAUCUUUCACUGUAACUGUGUUAAAUC